GUGUGCUUUGUGCUUUGUGAUGUCGUCGUUAAGUAUCGAGUGUCGUCGUCUUUCCUAAAGUUUUAUCAAGGUAUCCCUCAACUAAGUUGGUGAACGUGAUAGACUUUUUAAAUAGCAUAUGUAUCUAAAAGUGUCUUGUCAUAAAAUUUGUUUAGUGUUGGACUUUGAUAAAUAUUUGUGAUAAGUUUCUAAUUUUAGUGAUCCCUAGUGGGAGUUAUUUGUCAAAAUGAUGACAGAAAAUAGAAUUAGUUCAAGUAAUCACGUUGGAAACAGCAUGAGCAACCAGACCAAGGGAGAUGUAGAUAAAACUGUUGAAGACAUAGGAUGGAAAUCAAAAUUAAAAAUACCCCCCAAAGACAGAAGAAUAAAGACUAGUGAUGUGACAGAUACAAGAGGCAAUGAAUUUGAAGAGUUUUGCUUAAAAAGAGAGCUUUUGAUGGGAAUAUUUGAAAAAGGAUGGGAAAAGCCAUCUCCUAUUCAAGAGGCUUCAAUCCCAAUUGCACUCAGUGGUAAAGAUGUGCUAGCGAGAGCGAAAAACGGAACUGGCAAAACAGGAGCUUAUUGUAUUCCAGUGUUAGAACAGGUGGAUCCAAAAAAAGAUGCUAUACAAGCUUUAAUUGUAGUACCAACUAGAGAGCUAGCACUACAGACAUCACAAAUUUGCAUUGAACUGGCGAAGCACACAGAUAUUCGUGUAAUGGUUACCACAGGAGGCACAAACCUCAGAGAUGACAUAAUGCGUAUUUACCAAAAUGUUCAAGUGAUUAUUGCUACGCCAGGUCGAAUGAUUGAUCUCAUGGAUAAACAAGUAGCUAAGAUGGACCAGUGUAGAAUGUUGGUUCUUGAUGAGGCUGACAAAUUACUUUCACAAGACUUUAAAGGAAUGUUAGAUAUGGUUAUUUCACGAUUACCAAAAGAACGCCAAAUCUUGCUAUUUUCUGCCACCUUCCCAUUGAGUGUGAAGCAGUUUAUGGAAAAGCAUUUAAGGGAACCAUAUGAAAUAAACCUCAUGGAGGAACUUACACUUAAAGGUGUCACACAGUAUUAUGCAUUUGUACAAGAAAGACAAAAAGUACAUUGCUUAAAUACACUGUUUUCAAAGUUACAAAUAAACCAAUCUAUUAUAUUCUGCAAUUCCACUCAGCGAGUAGAGCUGCUGGCAAAAAAAAUAACAGAGUUAGGUUACUGCUGUUAUUACAUUCACGCGCGUAUGGCGCAGGCACACCGUAAUCGCGUGUUUCACGACUUCCGCGCCGGACUUUGCCGCAACUUGGUGUGCUCUGACCUCUUCACCAGAGGUAUUGAUGUGCAAGCGGUCAAUGUCGUCAUCAAUUUCGACUUCCCGCGUAUGGCUGAGACAUAUCUACAUCGUAUUGGUCGUUCCGGGCGGUUCGGCCAUUUGGGUAUUGCGAUCAAUCUAAUAACGUAUGAAGAUCGCUUUGCUCUUCACCGCAUUGAACAGGAGCUGGGCACUGAGAUAAAACCGAUACCAAAGGUAAUAGACCCGGCGCUAUAUGUGUCGCGCCCGGACGAAGACGACUCGGCUGAAAAGUAACGCCAUGCUGUCGCGCGUCAACAUUCGCACUCAACAAAUAUCUGGACUUACUGACUGGUGAAAAGAAUUAGUAAAAAAACAAAAACAAGAAACUUAUUUGUAAAAAGUGUAAUGAAUUUAUUGUAACAAAAUGAGCGUGUAAAAUGUAAAUAGUUUAUCGUGAAAUAAGACUUGAUACCCCCUGGUGGGUUACUUUUUUAAAAGUGUAUAUAAUUAAACAUCGGGACUACGGAAGACAUCUCGCGUCCUUUGUCCAUAUUGGAUAUUGUGCGUGGAUUCCUACAUUGUUAAAACGUAAAAUAUUUAUCUGAACCCUAGCUGCAUGUGUGAGUCUAUCUAGAUUUGUCUAUAAUCUUAACAUAAAUUGUGAUAGACUUUCCAACAUAUGUAUGUUAAUUUAACCUACCCAUAUUUAUAAGAUUUGAGCUAGCACUGGUUUCGUUUCACAUAAAAUUUUCCAACCAACUGAUUGUUCUCUGUAAUAUGGGUAGGCAUUGAGACUAGCUCAAACAACAUUCAUAAAGCAAAAAUAAUUCUGUGUCAAAAAUGCUAUCUCUAACCGCUUGAGGUAGUGUUUAUUUAUAUCAAGCCGUAUUUUAAUGAAGAGCAGGUUAAGAUAAUAGUUUAGACAAAAAUAAUCAAAUUAAAUAUUGAUUGAAAAGGUGUAAAAACUUGAUUUAUUUAUUAUAUUUAGUCAUUGGUAUUGUAUGAUAUUUAUUGUCUUGACCUGUUUUAAAGAUUGUAUUUUUUGUUUUUUCUAAGCGGUUGAUGUCACAGUGUUGGUACAUUUGAAGUGUGUAUCAUUUAAGACAGGGCUAUGGUGGGCAAUAUAUGAGGAACAAAAAAUAUUUUAAUAUUAAUUACUGGUAAACAACGCAAAUUAUCAAAAACAAUGCAAGUGAUGAUUACCCUAUGAUUUUGCCCACUCAGCUUUGAUAUUUUAUUUAAAAUUUUACCUGUGACUAUUUAACAAGGCAGAGGAAUGAACUGAUUCUGUUGCGGCUUGCAGAUGCAGAGCAUUACUUUGUCUCAGGGGAGUUCAUAUAGAGAGUGUUUAUUUUCCAUUAUAAUGCAACUAAAUCACUUUUACUCUCUGGGGGUUACAACAAUAGGGAUGUCAUGUGAAGAGUUACAGAGUUUGGUCUUUUUUUUUGUCAACAGGCUUCAAAAUUUUUAUUACCUGUUCAGUUUUUAAUUUGCUAGGGAGUACUCUCUCAUCACAAAUUAAUUCAAGGUUCUAAACUAUAUGCAAAGAUUGUUGUUUUUAAUGAGGAUAAAAGAAUCAUCUCUUUUCACUUUAUUCUUUCUGUAUUUUUGUUGAAUUAACUUGUAUAGGUUUCCCUGAAUAAUUGCACUCGAAUGCACAUGAAUUUAGUCUUUAAUUAAUGACAGCUGAGCAUAAGAAUGAAACAAUGCUGUACUCGCUGUUGUAGGCAUUGUAGUAGUAAAAUACAGCUUGGGCUUUAAUGAUUUAUGAUUGAAACUACCAUUGUGUGUAUGCCCACCAAAAAAAGAUCUUGACCAUAAUAUUCUUUCGUGACUGUCAGAGGUUCAAAUGCUUGUCGGAAUAAUCUAAUUUUCGCCAGAGCUUAUUAUAGUCUUGAUGGGCAAAUUAACAAUACAGAUUGUUAAGUCUCGAAAACCUCCUGGAAUAGACUGGCCACACAAGGAUGUGAAUUUCAAAAAAUGCUUGGAUACAAUUAUUUUUUUAUGGUAAACAGUAUUACGUCUUACUCAAUUGUCAGUUGUCAUAAAGGCGAGCAUUCGGUACUGCCAGAUUAGUAGAGCUAAACAAUGUUUUAAUAUAUUAUUUUGUUAUGUAGGAGCAUUUUUGAUGCAAUAAUUUUACAAAUAUUUGCAAUCUGUGAUAAAACUUGAUCUAAUGCCUGCUUAGUUUAAUGUGAUGAGAUGUAUUAUGCACUACUCUAUAUACAUUAUUUUUGUCUUCCGAAAAUAUGCAAGAAAUGCCGUAAUAAAAAAGUCAUUUGCUAUAGAAAACUAGACACUUAUAAUUUAAUAUCAAUUUUAUCUUUAAGCUGGUUUCAUUUGUAUUCCAGUAGCACAGUGUCAUAGAAAAAAAAAUUGUUCAACGGGGUUUCGAAAAAAAGAUACAUACUGAGUAGUUAACUAUAUUAACACUUUCACUGUCCAGGCAGUUAUUACACAACGGGGUUUCGAAAAAAAGAUACAUACUGAGUAGUUAACUAUAUUAAUACUUAUUUUGUUUCUAGUCUUCUGUUCAAGACACGAGAAUUUAAAUUGCUAUCAUAUCAUACAAGAUUUUUGUAAAAUGUUAUUAGAUUCUAUAAAUCAUGCUCUUGAAUUGUAUACAAGAGAAAUAUUUUCAAUAAAUCUGAAAGACUAAAUAUAUAUUCAGCAUAAUAUUAUCAUCAGUGGUCUUAUGUUAAACUCGUAAGUUUAUUGCACCGUCUUUUAAAUUGUUCAACAUUCUAUGAUGAUCAGAUAUAAAGAAAAGCUAAGAAUUACUACGACGACGGUACUGGAUAAAUUUAAAGGUGAAAAUAUUCACAUAUUCUCUUAUUUAAAACUGUAUAUUGUUUUCCAAUUUUCAAAAAUAUAUUGUUGUUAAAAAUGGGCCAAAAAUAAACUCUUCACGCAAAUUUAUGCUAGUUUUAUUAUAAAAAUACCGGUUGACCAAAAGUGGAUCAAACGCAACUAGGGGUUAGAUGGGGGUCUCAGGUCAUCAGCUGCAAAAAAUUGUUCUACGUGAGUUCCUUAAGGAACCCCUGCAGAGUUAUAAUUUAUUUUGUGUUUAUGAGAAAAUUGACUUUUACUAAUUCUUAUUAAAAUUCG